CCCAAGGUGCAGACAGAGCACCACGUCCUCACAGAGUGCAGAUUUAACACUGGACAACAGCCUGUAGCCAGAUCAGAGGGACAAGUGUGUGUGUGUGUGUGAUGAUGAUGAUGAUGACGAUGAUUAAGACUCCUGGAGCCGUGAUGAUGGUGCUGUGGCUGGGUCUGCUGCUGGUGACUGUAGCAAAUGCUGAUGACAUGAUUAGAUCUCAAAUGCAGGACUUUGAGUCCCGAUUGCAAGCUAGCGAGAAGAAGACAAGAGAUCUUGAGAAUGAAGUCCAAAUGUUAAAGAACAGCAGUGAAGAGAGUCAAAGAGCCUUCCUGGAACUGAAGAGGGAGAAAGAACAGAGCAGGGUGUCUUUCUCUGCAGCAUUGUGGGCAGAGGGGGAUGGAAACAUCGGGCCAUCCCAGGGCACAGCUCCUCUGGCGUUCAGACACGUCAUCACCAAUAUUGGCAAUGCCUAUAAUGCAGACACAGGGAUCUUCACAGCCCCAGUCAGAGGAGCCUACUUCUUUGUGGUGUUCAUAUUUGGAAAUGUCGCCAAACCUACAGGCGUCUCUCUGCAGAAAAAUGGCGAGCACGUUGUCAUUGCAUACGCGUAUCAGCCCCAGUACGAUGUGAAACCUUCCAAUGGAGUCUCUCUUCUGCUGGAGGAGGGAGAUCGGGUGCAUGUCAAGCGGUGGGAUCAGACAUGGAUACAUGAUAGCAAGGACCACCACUCCACAUUCUCUGGUCACCUGCUCUUCCCCAUGUGAGGACAGUAAUUGUCAGGGCUGGACUGGGGGAGAAAUAUAGGGCCAGCCACUUUUGGGUAAAGGGGCCCCUGCACGAGGGUGCAGGGCCCACCGGGAAAUGUCCGGUAUGGCCAGUCCAGCCUCUGGCCUCAUGAUGGCAUUGCAAGAUGACAGAAGUGUAAUUAAAUGACGGAACUACUCAAUAAUGGACUGUAGCCACAGACUGUCUAGCUGUGUAAUGGAGGAUGUGGAGUGAAGUAUGUAAAAGGUCUGUAAAUGCUGCAUAUUGUAUUAGAAUAAAAUCGCAAUUCAUCAAACUUAAGUCCUCUUUUCUGUCCUCAAAACAAUCUCUUCAUCUUCACAUGUAGACCUCUUAUAAAAGCUUCAUGAUUAUAUAUUAAAGAUUAUAUCACUGCUGACAUGACAAUGAGUGUUAAAUUAUCUGCCAUACAGCACUUAGAGCAAUAGAGCUUUUUCUCCUCCACCUGGCUGCUACAGCAAGCUCUACUGUACCUGCCUGUUGGCCAAUGAGACAAAGGUAAGGUAAGGUGGGCAACCUUUCCGAACAGCUUUCCAACUAGGCUAAAUGAUGGUCAAAAGCCAUCUGUGUAACAGAAG